UAUAAACACCUCCUCAUCUCUCGUUUCUCCUCUCCCGCUCCUUCGUCUUCGCCGCCGUCUUCAAACCCUAGAUCUCUCCGGGAAUCGUUGCUUGAGAGAUCGGUGAGAAGCGAAAGAUGCAGAACGAGGAGGGCAAGAUGAUGGAUCUCUACAUCCCCAGGAAGUGUUCGGCGACGAACAGGCUCAUCACUGCCAAGGAUCACGCCUCCGUUCAGAUCAACAUUGGACAUGUCGACGAGAAUGGGGUUUACACAGGCCAGCACACCACCGUCGCCCUUUGUGGCUUCAUCCGUGCUCAGGGUGAUGCUGAUAGUGCUCUUGAUAGGAUCUGGCAGAAAAAGAAGGUUGAUGUACGCCAACAGUAGAGACACUGGUUUUCACCUUAAGUUUACUUCUAGUGUUUUCCAUGAUAAUUCAUGAACCCAUCUCCGUAUUCUGCACCUUAAUGUUAUUUCCCAACUAAGAUUAAGUUGAUAAAUUACAUUUUUGAGAUUCAUUUCCACUUUUGACUCUUUGAUUA